UCAAUAAUCUACUCAUAAUACCGAGCCCUGUUGAACCACCUCAUCCGAAUCUAUUCAUCCGCGACUAGCUCCACAAAUUUUCGAACCCACUUAUUCCCUCGCUUUUCGUACUGCCCGCCACUUCCUCCCAUCCGUGACGCCGAUGGUGCUGCCGCAAAAUGGCGAAAUAAAAAUUUUUCAUGCAAACAGGUGUUUACCUGUAGUUCUCAUGAACUGACAUAAAAAAUAGUCGAAGUUUGUGAACAGAUUGAAUCGAAAACGCUUUUAUUUGCUUCGCAAAGGGGUAAAGGAUAACAAAUUCAAUUUGUGACAAAUCCUAGUGAUAAUUUAUAUGUAGUUUACAAAAGAAAUGUAAUAAUCGGACGACGGUGUAGUGACAAUGUUUGGGAUCAAUUGGGGGUGGGAAUUACGGGGAACAAUGUCAUCAGAUUCGAUCGAUAACAUACAACACCUGGAAGGGGUAGUUGAACGAGGGCGAAGUGGGUGUUAGUGUUUGUAUCUAUUUGUGGUAUGGGGUGCACGCGCACACGAGCGCAUAAAGAGGAUAGGAUUAUAUCCUGUGGGUAAAUUGCUUCAUGAAUACUAUUAAUAAUUUUUCACGUCUAAUGUUUAAUAUAUUAACGAUAUAACGUAACGACAAAAGAAACUGGAUCUGUGGGGAGAAUAUUAAAAUGUAAAGUUAUGCCGAAAAAAAGUAACAGGCAUGUGAAGGAUUCAGGGACAACGAGGAGACAGCAUAUUGAUGACAAAGAUUGCAAUCACAGUGGCGUCAAGCAUACACAGAGUGUACGUAUUGGCGUUAAAAAUGCUAAAAGAUGGUUAUCGUUGAAAAAACGAAUGGGAUUUGUUAGUGAUGAUGAUUUGGUGGUCCAUCUCCUCGAUCUUGCCGAAACAAUCAGAAAAGAUGAAAAAUCUCCAGAAAAAAACUGGGAGACGAAUGGCAAUGUCCAGGAGAAAGAAAAAACUGGCAAUGUGAUAGAAGUAGAGCCUCAAGAGCCACUUCGUAGAAGCUCUAGAAAGCAGACCCAAGAAUCUCAAAAAGACGAAAAAUCCCUGAACAAAAAAAUAGAGAAGCCUCGAGCAGAAUCAACAGAGAGCACAAAUGAGCAGCAUGCACAGCACAAAACAAAAACAAAGCAUCACAGGAGUAAAACAAAGCACCAUAAAGAGAAGCGCAAGAAGCGUAAGCACACAAAGAGCUUAGAGCCUGAAAACCCUUUGGUAAUUCAAAACGAUAAUACGAUAGAGGGUGAUGAAUCUAAAGAGAGUACAAUACAACCUGACGAUGAACCUAAACUAAACAAAUCUGUGGAGAUGCCUGAAACUAGGGACGAAUCUGUCAUCCAAAAGACUGAGACUAUAGAUAACGUAGUAUUAACCAACAAUGUAAAUAGUAAAGAGAAUAUUAGUCAAAAUUCACAGAGUAACGACGAUUCAAUCGAUAUAAAUACAAGUGUUCAGGAAGAUAGAACUUUAAGAAGUAUCUCAGCAAAGUGUUCAGUGGUUAGACACUCAACAGAGCCCAACAUUCCCCAGGAGUUUGAAUUAAAAAUCGAAAGAUUAGAAAUAACAAAGCAAGAGACACUCCCCCCGACUCAGAAGCGAAUAGAAUCACAAAAUAAAUUACUGGAGCCGCAGUCGGAGGUCGAAAUUGACGACAAGAAGAGGAAAAAACGGAAGCAUCCCAGGCAUGACGCAGAUUCACUCCAAGAUGACUCAAACAAUGAAACAAAUGUAGAUGAGUUUGGCCACAAGCAUCGUAAAAGGAAGCACAAACAUACAGAGCACAAAGUUAAAAAGAAUCAUGACGUGAGAAAAGCUCCACAGGAUGGAAUGAUUCCCUUGGAGUCUCGAGAACAGGAGGCAGAUGACUCAUCCCCCUCGAUUGGGAUUCUCCCUCAAGGAGACUUGGAUAUCGAAGGGAGCCCAGAUCAUCAGAGACUGGCGAUUAAAAUAAAACUCUGCCAGGAUUGCAACAGUCGCCAUAUACAAGAUGCCUGUCCUUUGUUCUCAACAGUGUAUGAAAUCCCAGACUCCAUAUCAUCCAGUGACUGGUUCAACAAGCAGAAGCACAAUUCCGAAGUGUCAAAGGCCCUGGCCUCCGGGAAUCCAAUGUCUGAGGGCUAUGGAAAACUAGCGGACGAUGGAUUCGAGUCAGACGAGGACUCAGAUCAGUACAAAUCAAAAUCAAAAAUCCACAGUGAAGAGAAACGUCUCCACGUGGACGACGAGCGACCCCUCUACUCGAGAGAUUCUCUGCCUGAUUUCCUGGAGCUGAAAAUAUCAAGUAACGAGCAUGGACUGGGAAUUUUCUCCAAGAAUCCAGUCCCAAUGUACGCAAAACUGGGGCCAUUGAUUGGUGAACCAGUCAAGGAAAUGGACAUUCCUGAUGACUUUUCCAUGCGUCACAUCUGGGAGGUGGAGAACGCUGGAAAAACUUCCUAUAUAAGUACAACAAAUCCUCUGAAGAGCAACUGGAUACGCUACAUGCGACCUGCUGAGACCAAAGAAGAGAGAACUGUCGCUGUAAUAAAUCAAAACGGCAAACUCUACUUCGUUACAACACAAAAUAUUGCACCAGGAAAUGAAUUAACUUACUGGGCAGACUCUCAGUCAUCUGCAUGGACACGAAAGAACAAAACUGAUAAAACAAACUGCGGCGGUUGUAAUCUCAAUUUUACUCAUCCAAUUUACUAUCGUUUGCACUGCUGCAUAUUCCACGACACUAAUUACAGUCUAACUAUACGUAAAUAUCACUGUAAAGUCUGUGGUGCUGCUGUAUUGGGAAAAGAUAAUAUCAUGAAACAUGCGGCUGAACUUCACGCUGGUCGUGGGGCUUAUCAAUGCCAGUACUGUAGGAAGUUCUUCCUACGAUUGAAUUAUCUUGAGAUGCAUAGGACCUACGGCUGUUCGCAAAAUCCACAGAGAUCUAGGCCACUGUGUGACUUUUGUGGCCGUAAAUUUUGCCAGCCGCAGAAAUUAAAAGUGCACAUUAAGAGAAUGCACAGUGACAUGUCAGAGGUGUUGAGGGAGUUUCAAUGUAAAUUGUGUUUGAAGUUAUUGGGAUCGAGGGCUGCCUUGCAGAGGCACAUGAAGGAGGUGCAUCACAAGGACGUCGUUGGGGCAGCUACCUGUGAUCGAUGCGGAAAAAUGUUUCAGAACAAGAGUAAUCUUAAAAUUCAUAUGUUGACGCACAGUGGUGUUAAACCUUUCAAGUGCAAAGAAAAUAGUUGUAAAGCUGCAUUCACUACCAAACAAUGUCUCCAGUUCCACUACAAGAAAGUUCAUGGAUUGAGUGAGGAGAUGAUGCCGAAAAUCGAAAGAUCAGUAGCAUACACGUUCGACGCUUAUAGCGGCGGUCCCUUAGAGGAGUCCUCCCAAGAGAACAGUACGAAAUCCACUCGUAGAAACUCCCAGGAGAAUAGUGGUAGUUUGUUAUCAAUGGAGGACGUCAGUUCCGAGAACAGUGUGAAAACCGAAACCCCAGUGCCAUCGUGUCCUCCAAGUCACUCAGAAAUCGACCCAGAAGGCUCAAUGAAUCAUCCGAUCCGUCAGGACAUACCCAUAUCACCGAGACAAGAAGUAAUUUUACCCUCAGUUCGUCAGGAUCUUGACAUGUACGGCACUUCCCGGCUCCAAAGCAAGGGAAGUAAAAAAUGGCUGGGUGAAUUCAAUCCACAGCCAACUGCCAAGCUCCCAGAGCACCCCCAUCCCGUGUCAGUGACCCCAACAGAUCCUUACGAGUUCGAAGAGCCUCCCAAGAAGGACGAAGAGCGUUCAACACCUCUCCCAAUGACUUCAGCUCUCAGGGACGACAGUGAAUUGGGUCUGAGUGUCUAUCGAAGAACCGAGAGUACAAAUGCGAGUCUACUAGUCGAGGCAGCUCUCGAUGCAGCAGAGAGAGACAUCGGUGCUGUCUCCAGUCCCAUUCUAGAGGACAAUGAUAGAGAUGGAAAUCUUUACUCAAUGUCCAACCAACUGCACUCCCCCCUUCCCCCACGAUCUCCAGAGAGUCAUCUAGAGUCAUAUAUGCAGCAGCAGGAGGAUCUGAUGUCCCCAGCACCGACCCCCGACAGCCGGAAUACUCCCCCCAAUCAUGCACACUCCGACUAUCACCUCCACAGAGCAGUGGACUACAUAAGUGUUACUAGGACUCAUAAUAUCGAACAGUAUCUCCAUCACGAGGAUCUCCCCCGAGGCUCAUCACCGAAUAAUUACAUUCACAUGACGCAGAAUGAUCUGGUGUCUCCAUCAGCAACUCCAAAUCGUUAUCAAGAGGUCCAUCAUCAUCAUCAAGUCCCCACAGAGAACCUCUCGAGUGACGAGGGUGACUCUGUUGCCCAGAAUCUCAGUAUAUCAGUUAAAGAGAAAUCUCUUCAGUUGGACUUAUCUACUUCGUAUAAAUACGACUCACUCGAUUUCGAAUUUGGUAAUAGAGAGAGAAACUUCGAGCCACUAGUUCUCAAUAAUGGAGAGCUCCAGGGACUCGACAUGAGUGCCAGGGGAUUCCAUACAUUUGGGUCUCAGAUGCAAAGUAGUAGGUACCAUCAUCAUCAUCAUCAUCUGUAUGACAUUGGAGAACGCCAGAGUGUCGAUUUAAGUAGGACUGGGAGCUAUUCGAUAUCCCCACCACCACCUCCAUAUCCUCACAGUGAUGUCCUGAGGGCUGUUAGUCUUGAUUUGACUCCAGGAGGGAGGCACUCUGUUGAUCUGAGCCUCUCGAGAAGUCAUCAUAUUCAUGGUACUAAUUCGAGAGUGCUUACUAGUCCACAGCCAAGUUCAACGACACCGCAUGUUGUUCCUGAUGCCAUUGAGGGACGAAUGAUGUCUCCACCACCUCCUCCCCUACCUGCCUACAAUCCAGCUUAUCCGGUUAGUCCUGCACCUUAUCAUCCACCAAGGCCUGGGUAUUAUCAUCAUUCUGGAUACUAUUGAAUGGGGAUUGUUGAAUCAUGAAAAUUGACUGGUGGAGGAAUAUUUCAGAGAUUUUUUUUUGCUUCAUUUCAUGUACAGAAAAUUGGAGAAGGAUUUUUUUUUUCGUAAAAUGUUCCUUUUACACGCAUUAUUUUAAUUGUGAAAAGCCGACAACUUAUCGCUCACGUUUUCUAAUUCAGUAGUGAAAUGUUAAAAUUAUUUAAGUCUAUUUUGACUAGUAGUCAAUUAUCAAUGAAUAUCUCCGUAUCUAUGAUAGAUAAAAAAUUUUAAUUUUAAUUUAUUUAUAUUUUUAAUUUGCUCUAGAAUCGACGAAAUUCGUCGAAUUCUUAGCUUUGCGUUGACUUUAAUUAUUUUAUCGUGUCACUAUUGAAUUUUUUUUUAGAUUUCUGUAACUGCGAAGCACAAACUCAAGUGUGAUACUCUUUUAUAUAAAUUAUAGUAUUUCUGUUAAUUUUCGCUUGUUUUAUACAUUCGUUUUCUCUGCUGCAUCUUUAUGACUUCGAUUAGAGAAUAUAUAGAAUCAUAGUUUAUUAAAAAAUUGUUACUUAUAGCUUAGCUCAUAUUCUUCUAUAACAAGUUCAGACAGGUAUUGAAUACUCAUUGAAUUUUUUUCAGGAUGCCUAAUAAGUGAUAAAUGAAAUAAGCAAACAACGUUAAUGAUAUUUCUAGUCAUUUUACAUUCGAGAGUAAAACGCAGUUUAAAUAUAAAUCGGGAGGAAUUUUUUUCUCUGGAGUUACAGAAUGAACGACUCAAUAAUCGUUUAUUAUUACUGUACAUAUAUAUAUUUCCGUAACACAAAGUUCAAUCGACUAAAACUGUAUAGAUUUGUCUCUUAAUUGUUGGAUAAUAGUUGUAAUUUUUAGUACUAGAGUCGCGUAGAGUCGUCAUUGUAGAAAGAGAGAGGCGUGAGGAAAUAGGAAACAUACCAAAGAUGAAAAUGCUACUUUUGUGCCAAAUUGUAUAGGGCGUAUUCUUACUCAAUUUUAAUUCAUAAACUAAAAAAAUUGUCGCAUUAAAAACCAUUUUUCCAAUGUGAAUUUUAACUCAUCAGGUAGUUCAUAAUUAGUAGACAAAUUUAACAACUAUUUUUUUAUUUUUCAAAGGUAAUUUUAUAUGUACAUACGUGGAAACAAAGAACGUCAAAACACAAAAGAGAGGAUUCAUUGUAAAGAGUUUUCAAUCAUCUUCUAUAAGCAUUUCUUUAAUUAAUGAUCUCUAGAAUUCGUAAAUUAAUACAAUAGUUGAAGUAAUCGAAUAAACAAUACAACUUAGGGUCAAUUUUACAAGAGAAAAAGAAUUGUUCACUUAUAAUUAUACAAUAUCUUUGUCUUCUAGAAGAACUCUUGACUUCGUUUUACGUGUGAUAACUGUGAAAUGGGAGGAAAAUGAUAAACCAUACAAUUCAUAAAAAUUUCAGUAAUGAAGAGUUAUUUAACUACUGUAUCUGAUCAUUGUAAAUCGGGCGCAUCAUGGCAUCAAGGAAAGUGAUAUAAAAAUGUAUUUCUAGAUAAACAAACAAAAACAUGGGAACUAAUGCAAAAAUCGUCGAUAUUUUUCGAAUACAAAACGAAUUAUGGCCCACAAUAUAUUUGUAUCAGGUUCAUUAAUUCUUAAGAAUUGAGGAGUAUUAAAAGAUGAAAAUUCUGCAGAAUA